GCAACGCGACCGCGACGCUUCUUACACCUUCGUUCCUUAUGUUGGCUCGGCGGACAGUCCAACAGAUAGCUCGCAACAAGCGCCCAUAUUCACAACAUAGUCGCUUCGCUCCGGCCAAAAGAUUGGAUGGAACUCUGACGCAUGUGAAGAGCUUAGAUUUGAGCGAGCCGAUUGUCCUUCCCAGACAAUUCGUUGAUAUCCCAGCAAUCAAUAACUGGUUCACGCCAGCCGGCUCCCCUGAAGAUGAUGGCGUGUGCCACGAGCUGAAAACAUCGUAUCUGGGUCGCCAUGGCUCCCUGUUGGUUCCCCUUGAGUACACGCGCUAUGAUUCCGAUGAAGGCGCUGUAGAUGGUCGAAAGACAAUAGCAACCUUCGAAUCUAUACAGGCUCCAUUAUCUCUUUUGUUGUCCCACAUCUCGAGCGAAGACUACUCGCAACAGCUAUACCUUGCGCAAUGCUCCAUCGAUGAUCUACCCUCCGACUUGCAGGCCGAUUUACCUACCCCCGGAUUGAUCUCAUGCCUUGGCCGAGGCGACAUCUAUGCUUCCAGCAUAUGGAUGGGGCGACCGCCGACGAGUACGCCUCUGCACCGCGAUCCGAACCCGAACCUGUUCGUACAACUAGUUGGGAAGAAGGUCAUUCGCCUCGUGAGGCCAAAGCAGGGCAGACAUCUCUACGACCGACUAAGAACACAGAUGGGCCAUGCGCACAUGCGGGGCGAAGAGAUGAUGGUGGGAGAUGAGAGAAAUAGGCUGCAUGAUGUGGUCUGGAACGAGAAGGAGGUCAAUGGCGUCUCUGCCAGCGGUGUCGAGGCCAGGAUAGAGGGCGGAGAUGGUCUUUACAUUCCACAUGGGUGGUGGCACGCUGUCGAAAGCAUUGGGUCGCAUGCAAACGCUUCAGCGAAUUGGUGGUUCAGAUGAAGCCGGGUGAGGUGACGACACAGCAUCGUGCCUUCCUUCGCGUUGUGUUCAGUACCACGCGCUUUCCAUACCAGAAACGCAGCUUCUUCGCACGCAUCCGCUGCAGCCACACUCUCACUCCAUCCUCAAUCACCCUUCACUUACGAUGGACUUUGUGCUCCGUUGUAAUGAUCUGAAAUGCCGCGUUCAGCUGCGCGAGCAAGCUGUGGUGACAACAUGCAGGUGAGCUGCGCUCAAGCUUGUUCCUCUGCUUGCUGCUUUUUACUUACAUAGAGGGAAGUCACGCCUUCUGUACGAAUUGUGCGGAAUCGACAGGCCUUUCGCGCUCCUCCAGCGGGAUCCGAGCGUGCCCGGCUUGCCACACGCAGCUCGUCAACCCUGCUGAUGUCGUUGUUGCUAUG